AUGAGUAAAGCUCUAUUCAGGACCUUUAUCACGUCCCCCUGGUUCCAGAACUCCUCCGUGAUCCUGUCCCUGAACAAGAAGGACCUGCUGGAGGAGAAGAUCAUGUCCUCACACCUGGUGGACUACUUCCCCGAGUACGACGGCCCUCAGAUCCUGAAGAUGUUUGUGGACCUAAACCCAGACAGUGACAAAAUCAUCUACUCCCACUUCACCUGUGCCACCGACACCGAAAACAUCCACUUGGUGUUCGCCGCGGUCAAAGACACCAUCCUGCAGCUCAACCUGAAGGAGUCCAACCUGGUCUAG